AUGGCUGAGAACCCCGGGGCCCCCUCCUCAGCCAGCCUGCGCCGGGGGCCGCCGGGAGACCCCAGGAAAUGGACCCCGGCCAUGGCGGCGCCCGCGGGGCCGCUGAGGCGGCGGAAGGCGGCGGGCGCGGGGCCCGGGGCGCCGCCCUCCCCGGGGCGCAGUCCCGCGGCCGGCCCGGCCCGCCUCCGCGCGGGCACCUUCUGGCUGACCAGGAUCGCGCUCCUCAGGGCCCUCGCUUUCGUUUACUUUGUGGCCUUCCUGGUGGCCUUCCAGCAGAACAAGCCGCUGAUCGGGGACCGCGGGCUGCUGCCCUGCGCCGCCUACCUGCGGAGCCUGCGGGUGCACUUCGGGGGCACCUGGGCUGCCCUGAGCCACGCCCCCACCUUGCUCUGGCUGCUGGACUGGUCGCACAUGGACACCAACCUGGACGCCCUCGCGCUGCUGGGCCUGGGCAUCUCCUCCUUUGUCCUGGUCGCCGGCUGCGCCAACAUGGUCCUCAUGGGCACCCUCUGGGUCCUCUACACCUCGCUGGUCAACGUGGGGCAGAUCUGGUACUCUUUUGGGUGGGAGUCCCAGCUCCUGGAGACGGGGUUCCUGGGGAUCUUCCUCUGCCCACUCUGGACGCUGUCCCGGCUGCCCCGGGGGACCCCCACGUCCCGGAUCGUCCUGUGGGGCUUCCGCUGGCUCAUUUUCAGGAUCAUGCUCGGAGCGGGCCUGAUCAAGAUCCGGGGGGACCAGUGCUGGCGGGACCUGACCUGCAUGGACUUCCACUACGAGACGCAGCCGGUGCCCAACCCCGCGGCCUACUUCCUGCACCGCUCCCCUUGGUGGUUCCACCGCUUCGAGACGCUCAGCAACCACUUCCUGGAGCUGGUGGUGCCCUUCUUCCUCCUCCUGGGGCGGCGCCUGUGCGCGCUGCACGGGGCCCUGCAGCUGCUGUUCCAGGCGGUGCUCGUGGUCAGCGGCAACCUGAGCUUCCUGAACUGGCUGACGGCCGUGCCCAGCCUCUCCUGCUUUGACGACGCCGCCCUGGGUGCCCUGUUUCCCGCCGGACCGGGCAGCCUCAAGGACCGAGUCCUGAAGAUCCAGGAGGAGGAGGCGCGGGGAGUGCCCGGGCCCCGGUGGAGAUACGGCCGCGUGGCUCGGCGUGCGGUGCAUGUGGCGCUGGGCGUCCUGGUGGCCUGGCUCAGCGUCCCCGUGGUCGCCAACCUGCUGAGCCCCCGGCAGGCGAUGAACAGCUCCUUCGACGCGCUGCGGCUCGUCAACACCUACGGGGCCUUCGGGAGCGUGAGCAAGGAGCGCACCGAGGUGGUGCUGCAGGGCACGGCCAGCGCCAACGCCAGCGCGCCCGAGGCCGUGUGGGAGGACUACGAGUUCAAGUGCAAGCCCGGCGCCCUCGGGCGCAGGCCCUGCCUGGCCUCCCCCUACCACCACCGCCUGGACUGGCUCAUGUGGCUCGCGGCCUUCCAGACCUACGAGCACAACGAGUGGAUGCUGCACCUGGCGGGCAAGCUGCUGGCCAACGACGCCCAGGCCACGGCCCUGCUGGCCCACAACCCCUUCUCGGGCAGAGCACCGCCCCGGUGGGUCCGCGGGGAGCACUUCAGGUACAAGUUCAGCCGCCCAGGGGGCCGGCACGCCGCGGAGGGCAAGUGGUGGAUCCGCAAGAGGAUGGGCCCCUACUUCCCCCCGCUGCAGCUGCGCGACCUCCGGGCCUUCUUCGCGGCGCGUGGGUGGCCGUCCCGGGGCCCGGCGCGCAAUAAAGUGGGGCCUGAGCAGCGUAAAGACACCCGGGGCCAGGCACGGCCACGGCCCGACCCCCGGGGCCCUGGCCACACCACAGAGGGGCCUGACGGGAGUGAGGAGGACCCUGCCCCCCAGGCCGAAGGGGCACAAGUGCCCUCUGUGUGGGCUCCUCACCGCCUGGGGCCGCCGGCCCAGGCGCCAACAGAGAGGCUGUGUUCCCGCCUGGCGAGCAGGGCCCACGUCUGCCCGGACAGACGGGCCUCAGUCGGACAGGCCGGAGCCGGCCGGUCUGCCCACAGCCGCCGCGGGAGCUCCGGCCCCGGCCUGGGCAGCCUGUCCAGGCCCUGCUGA